CCGGCGGGACCGGGAUGGAAGGGAGCGCGGUGACUGUCCUUGAGCGCGGAGGGGCGAGCUCGCCGCCGGAGCGCCCCGGCCAGAAGAGGCGCAGGAGCGGCGGCGCCCGAGCACCCGAGGGGGUCCGAGUCCCGGCCGCCGGCCAGCACCGAGCCACAAAGGGAGCGCCCCCGCCGCCUGGCACGCCACCUCCCUCCCCAAUGUCCUCGGCCAUCGAGAGGAAGAGCCUGGACUCGUCUGAGGAGCCCGUGGAUGAGGUGCUGCAGAUCCCCCCGUCCCUGCUGACAUGUGGAGGCUGCCAGCAGAACAUCGGGGACCGCUACUUUCUGAAGGCCAUCGACCAGUACUGGCACGAGGACUGCCUCAGCUGUGACCUCUGCGGGUGCCGGCUGGGCGAGGUGGGGCGGCGCCUCUACUACAAGCUGGGCCGCAAGCUCUGCCGGAGGGACUAUCUCAGGCUUUUUGGCCAAGAUGGUCUCUGCGCCUCCUGCGACAAGCGGAUCCGUGCCUAUGAGAUGACGAUGCGGGUGAAAGACAAAGUGUAUCACCUGGAGUGUUUCAAAUGUGCCGCCUGCCAGAAGCAUUUCUGCGUGGGCGACAGAUACCUGCUCAUCAACUCCGACAUCGUGUGCGAGCAGGACAUCUACGAGUGGACUAAGAUCAAUGGCAUGAUCUAGGCAUCUCUGGGAGGCGCUCCACCGAAGUCACUGUCUCCAGGGCGUCUUCACUCUUAGGCGCUUUGGGGAUUCGAGGGCGGGUGAGGCAUUUCUUAGCGGGUGGUAGACCCUAUCUGGGCACACGACACAGCAUCUAAGUGACAUAAUGCAAAAAAUGACACCUAAAUGUGACAAAAUGACCGGCCUUUGGGGAGGACGUAUGGACCGUAGCCACAGCCUACCCAUAAUAACUGACAUGAUUAGCGAAGGCAGGGAGCGUUUGGGGAGGGGACAGCCUUUGGGCCGUCAUGACGGAACUUUACAUCUACAGAUAGGGAGUUGUGGAAAGACGCGCUACGACUUUGACCCUUGGCGACUAGAGAUGUGCCAUUGAUUCCUUUACUUCCUGGCUUCCAUGACAACCCUGUUCCAAUCACUGUCCUCCACACACGAGAAGGAUAGGAGAGCAGCCACCCUUUUUCCCUCGGCCACCUUCCCAAGGCCUUAAGCUCUGGACCUAAGGGAAGCAGCAGAGACACACAUUUCAGUUGAAAAUGGGAACUGCGACUCUUAACCACACACUUAUUUAAAGCGACACUGAUGAAUCCCUGUUUUCAGAUACCUUAGUUUUGAGGUGAGGAGUUCCACAGAUCGUUUCUAUACAAAUGUAAAUCUAAAAAAAAAGGUUGUUCAACUAUUUUGUUAUUUUAGAUUCUAUCAAAGUAUUUGUUGUGUGUAGUUAAAAAAACAAAACAACAAAACACCAAACCUCUGCAGACAAUAAAAACGACGAGACUAAAA